AUGCAGGCCAGGGCUCAAGUGGUCUUCUCCAGCAGCGUCGCCAACAUGAAUGAGUGGGCUCAGCGCACCCGCAUCCCCCUCACCACCGCAGACGCCCUUGGCUCGACCUAUGCACGCGCCCAUCGUUGGCUGCACGCUCUCAAGCUUCAGCUGAUCCGCGACCACCACUGGACAGAGGCGCCCUCCCAGGACGCCAGGAUGCUUUUCUCUCUCGAGACUUCCUCCAUUUGGCGCUCUUCAGUCAAUCUCCCCGCUGGCCCAAAUUUAAAACUCCAGCUGCCCGUGCAUGCCAGUAGCUUUUUUUCUCCAGAGCGUCGCAUACAGUGGCAAAUGGUUUUCCACAGCGACAUUUUCGAGAACGUCAGAAAAAUAUGUCCGCCUGUCAAUGACAUGCUCUAUCUCAUCCAGUGUCUGCUUACUGGCGUCGUCACCAUCUCUUUCGAAGAGCGUCUCGACCAGGGCAUUUUCCGCACCACUCGUGGUCUGCCCCCUAUUCAGUGGAUUACCGCCAACGAAGCUUCUCUCGUUGACAUUUUUGGUCCAGACCAUUUCCGCGCCUUGCGUAGAGCUUGCACCGACACCCAUGCUUCCUACAAGCUCGAAGUCGUCGGCUAA